AUGUCUUUCACCAAAUCCGACCUCGUCCUCAUCACUGGCGCAAACGGCCACGUUGGUUCCCAUCUCGUGGAUUACCUUCUGAAAGAUCCCAAUGGCCCACAAGUGCGCGCAGCAGUCCGAACUGAGAAGUCUGCAGCACCGCUACAGGCGACCUUCAAACAGUUUGUUGACUCCGGUCGCUUGAAAUUCUCCUACGUCGCAGACAUGACAGCACCCGGUGCCUACGACUCAGCAGUCAAAGGAGCCACGCACAUCGCCCAUGUAGCAUCGCCUCUGAUCCUGGAUCCUCCCGAUUUGGAGAAAGAUCUCUUGCGACCCGCGAUCCAAGGCACGGUCGGCCUGCUCGAAUCCGCAAACAAGUCGAACGACGCCAAGAGCGUGGUCGUGACGAGUUCCUUCGCCGCCGCAUUCGAUCCGUUCAAGGGCUGGAGCUCAGACUACACGUACUCGAGCCAGGACUGGAACCCCAUCACGUAUGAGCAGGGCGCUGGCAGGGAAGCUACAAAGGGCUUGGAUGAGAGAUAUCAGGGCUUCAUGGCGUACUUGAGCUCGAAGAAGUUGGCUGAAGAGGCGGCGUGGAAUUACUACCACAAGCACGUCGAGGGUGGAAAGGGCAAAGGAUGGAAGUUCUCGACCAUACUUCCAACAUACAUCGGCGGACCCUGCGUCCUCCCUCUGAAAGGGGAGGUAGGUCUGGACGGCUACAGCUUCUCCCAAGCGAAAAUCACCGACAUCGCGCAGCGUGGCACAAACAAAGGCCUCGUUGACGACUUCCCGUUCUGGGUAGACGUGCGAGACGUGGCUAAAGCCCACGCGCAAGCUCUCCUCCGCCAAGAGGCGCAUGGGAAGCGGUGGAUUCUGGCUUGUCAGAAGGCGAGGAUGUGGCAGAUUGCGAAGUCGAUUCAGGUGCAGUCUCCGUGGAGGGAGGUUGAGGUUUUUGAGGAGAAUGACCGGUCUUUUGAUAUUGCCUGUGAUGAGUCUUUGCAGGGACUUGGGUUGGGGGAGUGGAUUGGGCUUGAUGAGAUGGUGAGGGAUACUGUUGGACCUGUAGUGGGGAAUCUGUAG